AAGAAGGCAAGUGACUUUUGUAUACAGGUAAACAUUACAUGUGAAAGUCAGACUUACUAGUCAAAUAGUGUCAUCCAAUAUAUUUUAAGAAGAGAGUGAGCAGGGGACAAGAGACAGAGACAUGGAUUAAGGUGAGGUUUAUCUCAAGGUACACUGAAAAUGGCAUGCCCCUUUCCACAGUUGCUCAGAGAAUACCUGGCUUAUCGCCGGAUACAGAGAAAUCGUGUGGUGACCAAGGAUGGCCACUGCAACAUUGCAUAUGGUAGUGUGAGACACAGCCAGUUUUUCAUCUACUUUCUAGACCUAUGGACCACCUUAAUGGACAUGCGCUGGCGUUAUGUUAUCUUCCUCUUUGGAGCCUCCUUUGUGUUUGGCUGGUUCUUCUUUGGACUAUUCUGGUAUUGGGCUGCUUUUGCUAAUGGUGACCUAUACUGGCAAAACCCAUCUGAUGACCAUCAGCCUUGUGUAGAGAAUGUUUUUGAUAUGACUGGUGCCUUCCUCCAGUCUAUAGAGACUCAGAUGUCCAUCGGUUAUGGUUAUCGACAAAUCACUCCAUUUUGUCCUAGUGUCCUCACCAUUUUCACAAUUGAGGCUGUAUUUGGGACGGUGAUAAUCUGCUUUUGGUGUGGGGUGAUUAUGACUAAAGUUGCCCGAGGGAAAAAAAGAGCCAAAACCAUCAGUUUUAGCCAGAUGGCUGUUAUCUCCUCCAAAAAGGACAAUCUCUGUUUGCAGAUCCGAGUGGCCAACAUGCGCAAAUCUUUGAUGAUUGGGAGUCAGAUCUAUGGCAAGCUUCUUAAAACAACUGUCACCCCUGAAGGUGAGACCAUUAUAAUGGACCAGAUCAGGAUAGACUUCACUGUAGAUGCUGGAAAAGACAACCUUUUCUUUGUCUGCCCAUUGACCCUGUACCACAUCAUUGACCAAUCCAGCCCGUUUUUUCAAAUGACAGUAGACACCCUUCACCAGCAGGAGUUUGAGCUUGUGGUGUUUCUCGAUGGCACUGCAGAGUCCACCAGCUUCUCCUGCCAGGUCCGAACUUCCUACCUUCCUAAGGAGAUCAUGUGGGGCUAUCAGUUCCUCCCUAUCAUCUCACGCAGCAAAGAGGGAAAGUAUCAUGUAGAUUUCUCCAACUUUGCCAAAGUGGCUCCUGUAGAUACAGCACCUUGUGCCAGUCAUUAUGCUAAAUCCCCUGACAGCUUCAGUCCUUACAAUACUCCCACUGACAGUGACAGGCUUCAGGAGAUGGAAGUUAAAGACCAGUCCAGUGCUACCAAUAUGUAAUUCAUAUAAGUGUUUUUAAGGGUGUAAAUAUUGCACUCAUAAGAUAUAGCCAAUUUAGCUAUCUUUAUGAAGGGUAAUAAUUUUUUUUACAUCAUAGAUCCAGGGUCCCAGGGUGGUAGGUGGAGUGAAUGCUUGAAAUUGCUAUGACAUCUGAAUGAAUGUGUAAAUGUGUGUGUGCAUGGUGUUGGUGUUCCAUCCAAGGUGUAUUCCCACUUCACAUCCUGUGUUCCCAGGAUUGGCUCUAGAUCCACUGUAACUCUGACCAGGACUGAAUUAAUGAAUGAAUUUUCUUUGAUAUCAUCACCUUAUGGUGUCUGGUAAAUUAUUGGCUACUAGAUGAUAUUGUGUUAGUGAGAAUUAAUAAUAAGGAUAAUGCAUCAUACUUCCCAUGAAUGUACACUAUGUGGCCAAAGUUUUGUGGACACCUCACCAUCACACCCAUAUGUGGGCCUUCACUAUACUUUUUCCACAGUGUUGUAAAUGCACAAUUGGGGUGACGGACAGACAGACAGUCGGAUGGGGAAUGGGGUGUUCAGCAAACACAUAUGGCUGUGAUGGUCAGGUGUCCACAUUUAGUGUACUUUUGUCUGUGUGACACAGAUACUCACCUUCCUGUCCCUUGGAAAAUGGAGAAUUUGUGACAAAUAAAAAUUGAAGUACAAUAGUUAAAAUAAUUCAAUAGCAUUUUUUCCCUCUAAAUACUCACAUUCUGCAAUAUUAUUCAAUCUUAUAAAACCACAGUGUAAAGCUUAAAGCUCGAGCACUGACUAGAAAUUAUAUAAACUAUGAAAAAAUUUUCUUUAGCAGAUGUAGUAAGACUUGGCUGCACUUAUGAAACUUUUGUUUGUAUAAUGUUUUAUAUUAACAUGUGUUAAAGAAGAGCUAAUAAAAUAAUUAACUAGAAGAAUAUCUGUGACUGCAUGCAUUCUAUAAAGUAUUUUAAAUUUUUUUAAAAAAAUAGAGUAGAUACAUACUUAAGGCUUUUUUUGUAUUAAAUAUAUGUGAAAAUCUCAUAAUUUAAAUGAAUUCUGUUUUGAGAGCUGUAAUAAAUUAUGUAUGACUUUGGUAUGCUAGUUUUUGCACACUGUCUGUAGUUUGUGUGCAAUCCUGCUUGAAUACUGGAUACCUUGUCUAUAUACUAGAUAUUAGGGUUAUUUUUAUUUUCUGCUCAGCCAGAAGAGGGCAGAAAAAGUAAAGCAAUGGAAGUCUUGGAGAAAUUGUGAGCCAUUUCAUCCUUACACAUUGCGCAAAAUAAAACCUGAGUUUAAUGACUAAAUGCACAACCUGUUCACGUAAAAUAAAAUUAAAAAAUAUAUAUAUAUAUAUAAUAAAAUAAACAAUGGUGAUCAUUUUACUAGUAGCACAUUAGAACUCAUUCAAUGUUUUAAAUUCAAUAUAUGUAUAUAUGUGUAACGUGAUAUACAAGUGUAAUAUAUGAUAUUAUUUAAUCACCAUAGAUAAAGAUCAUGGCUGCAAAAUAAAGUGGAAAAUUCUGCAGAGAGAUGAAUGUCUGUAAGGUGUCUAUGAGGGGAGGAAGCUGGCUGUGCGUAAGAGAGGGUGGAGCACCAUGGAAUGCUUUUGUUUAAAAGUGAUGCUCUCUGACUCACAACAUGACACACAGAGGGACGCUAAGGCUUUCCAGUAAACUGGUCAAUGUGUUCAUGGUGGUCACGCAUAUAAACACACACACACACACACACAUGCACACAUACACACAAACAGACAUACAGAUACACAUGUACACGUGUACACACACAGCUCGCCUACAAGCAAAGGAGUGUUAUCUUCUGAUAACUUACAAACAGGAGAUAAUACUUUAUACUUAAUAUUAAAUUAAUUUAAUCUUCAUAAUAUUCCUAGUAUUUUAUAUGUAUAUAUUUUAAAAAAAAAUAAUGUGUAUCAUUUUCAUGAAGAUUUGUAAAGACAAUGGAGCACACAUUCUCGAGCCAAAUCCACUACAAACACUCACUAGUAAUAUGUGCAGAGCAAAAAGACAACCAAAAAUAUUUAGACACAUUUCAGUAGUUUAAAAUGUAAAAACAUUUAUUUUUCAUCACAUUUAUCUACAUAGCCCUUUUAUAAAAGGUAAUAAUACAUUGCAGGAACAACAAAAGUAAAAAAAAAAAAAGAAGAAAAAGAAAAGAAAAAGAAAAAAGAAUAAUUGCAAAUUAUAUAUAUAUAUAUAUUUUAUAUAAAUUCAUAUAUUUAAUAUUCAAAAUACAUUGCAUAUAUGAAAUAGCACAAUUCCUUCAUUAGAUAGUGAUAUUUUGAAAAGAGAAUUGGUUGGGUAUUUCUUUUUUUUUUCUUUUUCAUUUAUUUAAACUGUGUAUUGCUCUACUUCUACAUAUAAGAAAAUUCAAGCUUGGGAAUAUCAAACCUGUCUAAUUUAAGACCCUGCAAUCAUUUGUGAGGCACGUUUGAAUGUUGACUUUGGGAUCUGAAGCUUUAGCAACAAAAUAUUUUUAUUUUGGCACUUACAGUAUUACAGUUCUGGUCUAUAAAGCAAAAUGAUUUUCUACAAGGCAUUUGUGGUAUCAUUAAAAAAGAAGAAAAACAAACAAAAUCAAAUACUUUCACCUCAUUACGACAAGGCACAGAGCACAUUAUAAAACAAAACAAAAAAACAUUCAUAAAUUUAUUGCCCAAAUGUACAGAUACAAAACACUAGUGCUGUACAUACUACCUUCAACACCGGCUUAAAAAAGUUUGCAUUUGACCGAGGUCAACUCGUAUUCAUUCUCUUGAUCUUUUAAUACUGUCACAUAUGAAAAUAACUCUGCAUAAUUUAUACAGUAAGAUGCUUUUAAUGCCUAGUUGAUUGACCGUUGAUUAAAAAAUAAUAGCAAAUAGGUCUGACAAACGCACAGCGUUCGCGAAUCUGAGGAUCACACUGGUUUCAACCUUUUGUGUUGUUUUAAAUGUUAACUUGUUUAAUUCAUUUAUUUAUUUAUUUUUUUAAAGAGG